UUUAAUUAUGAUUUGACUUUUAUAGGUUACCUAGAAAUUAAUUAAUUGUCAUGUUUAAUGAAUAUUUAUGUUUAUUAUUGUUAUCAUUUAAUUAGUUUUUAGUAUCUUUUUAUAAACCAAUAUGGCAAGUACUACGGAAUUAAUAGCAUCAAGAAACUUUCCUACAUUAAAAAACGAUAGAAUUUUAAAAGUAAUUAGGGGUGAAUUGCCUGAUAAACUUCCAGUAUGGAUAAUGCGUCAGGCUGGACGUUACCUUCCAGAAUUUCAAGAUUUUCGUAAGAAACAUGACUUCUUUAAAAUUUGUCAGUCCCCUUCAUUAGCCUGUGAAGUAACUUUACUGCCUAUAAGGCGGUAUGAUUUGGAUGCAGCGAUUAUUUUCAGUGACAUUCUUGUAAUACCCCAAGCUCUGGGUAUGGAAGUUAAAAUGGAACCAGGACUUGGUCCAGUUUUACCGCACCCUUUAACAGUAGACGGAAUUCCUGAUCUAAAGGUAGAUGGAGCUAUUCAGCGGUUAAAAUAUGUUGGAGAAGCUAUUACAUUAACUAGACAUAAAUUAGAAGGAAAAGUGCCUUUGUUUGGCUUUUCAGGAGCACCUUGGACAUUAAUGGGAUACAUGAUUGAAGGAGGAGGCUCUAAAACACUUUCAAAAGCAAAGAAAUGGUUAUAUGCCCAUUCCAAAGAGUCUCAUCAAUUGUUGGAACUGUUAACUGAUGUAAUUAUUGAUUAUCUUGUAAUGCAAGGUGAAGCUGGAGCACAAAUAUUACAAGUUUUUGAUUCAAGUGCUGAAUAUUUAAACAGAGGCUUAUACAGAGAAUUUGCACUCCCAUAUCUCAAAAGGAUUAGAGAACAAGUUCGCUUAAAAUUGGCAGAUAAGAAUUUAGAAAACAUUCCAAUGGUGUUAUUUGCAAAAGGGGCUGGAUUUUCCUUACGAGACCAAGCUCAAUUAGGAUACGAAGUUUUAGGAAUAGAUUGGACAACAGACCCUGCAGAGGCAAGAGAAGCUGUUAGUUGUAACAAGAAUAUAGUGUUACAAGGUAAUUUAGACCCUUGUGCCUUAUAUGCUCCACCAGCAGCAUUGAAGAACUACACUAAUACUAUGAUUAAACAAUUUGGAACCAAAAAUUAUAUUGUAAACUUGGGUCAUGGAAUUUAUCCAGAUGCCAAUGUUGAUAACGUUGAAGUAUUUGUUAAUGCUGUACAUGAGUACCCAAUUUAAUUCUAAGUGAAAAUUAGUGCUUAUUUUGAGGUUUUAAAAAUAAAGGACCAAAAAAAAUACCUAUGUUUAGUUUUGGAUGAUUUUCA